UUUAAACGCAAGACCCAAUCAGAAAUUAUAUUCCAUUUCUCGAUCGUAUAAUAUUAUACAAAUUGAAGAGCAAUUUUGAAUAAUUUCGAACAUGUAAACAUGUAAACAAGACUAAUCUAUAUAUGUGUCCCACGACAAAAUUCUCCUUCUAUCUCCGAGAAAGAGAUCCCAUGAUCCCAAGAAGAUCCUAAAUAUCUAGGACGCUCUGCUGACAACCGCUUUCAUGGUGUAUGGCUACAUGUAGCUCGACUCAUGCUAUGUAUACGUCCGUGUCCUUGUGAUCGAUAAUAAUCCCUUUUAGGCUAACCACGAUCCCCGAGACGAAAUAGUGCGAAGAUCUCGAUCGAAGCCUGUACUGAUCCUAAUGUGUGUUUUCUAGAACGCAACUACUCGCCAAGUGCUGCGAUCGAAUGGUAUUAUCAGUACCAGACGAUGUAUCUGCGAUUGAUGGCGGAGAAUCAGCUAACAGAGACGACGACGGAAACAACGACGAUUGAGGACCCGACGAGCGGUUGUCCUGGCAAAUACGUCAACGCGAUAAAAAUACAAAACGGCCAAUCGAAGGUGGAAGUCAACGGCAGUCAGUCAACUGCUGGACCGAUUCGCGAUUCCACGGGAUGGUACUCUUGUCCACGUUGCGGCAACGCCUACAGCAGACCUCAUUCGCUGAACAGGCAUAUAAAGUUCGAGUGUGGUGUGGAGCCGCAGUUCGAGUGUCCCAUCUGCCAUAAGAAAUCGAAGCACAAGCAUAACCUUGUGCUGCAUAUGAGAACUCAUCAGAAACCUUGAAACCUAUUAGCUUCGAGAACACUGUGACUAAGAAUUGCGUGUAUCUCGUGAUUUCGAUGUAAUUGUGUAACCUUAGUGAGGACGAUCGAUUGAUCGGUUCAGUAGAAUCUUGUAAGAUGAUACAAGUUACAUUUGAAGGAUCGUGACAUUGUCGUUUAUAAAACUAUCGAAUUGACUCUAUUCUAUUGAACGUUAUAGUUCAUUGUUGUUUUAUCUUCGAAGUACUUUUACGAUCAUCUGCGAGAUUUACAAAGCACCUUUUCUGGUACAAUAUCUUGAAUGAAAGAUCAAUUUUCUGGAUUUAAUGAUAUUUCUAGUCCUGCUGUCUUCUGCCAAUUGUUAAAAGAGAAAUAUUAUAAAAUAUUAUUCUUUAUUUUGUUGUGACCACACAUUACUUUAUGGCGAUUACAGACAAUAAAUGCGUGAUCGGAGGGAAAAAAAAUAUAUAUAUAUGGGUCAUUCCAUGUGAAAGGGGUACGCUCAAAAAUUAGA